AUGUUCGCCAUGGAUAGUGGAGCCAGAUCGGAUAAAGACUUCGCAGGAGUUCGAGACAAAGGGAACGACAGCAUGGUCUUAAUGACAGAGCAUCCCAAGAAGACCGCCUUCCCUUGUCUCAGUUCGUCAAAUCUGCGCGUGUCAUCGAAAGACCACAAGCCCAUGGCGAUGGCCAUGCGCACUACCUGGUCGCUCAGCGGCUACGCAGCUGUCCAGUCUUCAAGGCCCAUCCAUGUUCACCGAAACCAGAAGGAGAAAUGCUUGAAUAUGUCCAUGCUCAUAGUGCUCUUUUUCGGAUGGAAUCAGGUUUCGGGAUACGGCAUAGUACUCUUUAGGAACGGCGGAACCCGCGGGAUAGUACAGGAUAUGACAGGGGGCCAUACAAUGGUCGUAACAAUUAUCCCCCUCCUUAGUAUGGCUCGGCCUAAAACAGUCGGCAUGCAUGGAAAAGUUGCGAUUUGGAAUAGCUUCAUAAGCAGAGAAGUGAUAGAGAACUGCGACGCAGUAAUGAAAGAGUCGGGAUGGAGGGCAGACAGUAACAAAGCGCGUAGGGUGGUCUGUUGA